GGCCAACAACAAAUAAGAAAGUAAAAAUGAAUACAACUUUCAAUAACAAAGACCACUUUUUUCCUCCCUUUUGCUCUGCUUUCAGCUAUCUUUUAAUUCAGUUUUCAAGCCAAAUCCACUCUUAAAGUUCCCAGAAUCUCAUCACCAACAAAAAACUGAUCUUCUUUUUUUGUGUUGGAAUUCUGGGUUCAGUUUUUUUUUUUAUAGGAUCUUUGUUGUGUGUAAAUGGGAGCUUGUUGGAGCAACCGGAUCAAGGCUGAGAGUCUUUCUAAUACAGAAGUGAAUUCAAGAGGUGGAAAGAACUUGAGCUCUUCUAGUAGCAAGGUCUCUUCAGCUUCUGUACCUCAAACCCCGAGGAGUGAGGGCGAGAUCUUGCAGUCAUCGAAUAUAAAGAACUUCAGCUUCAGUGACCUGAAGACCUCAACCAGGAACUUCCGGCCUGAUAGCGUCUUGGGAGAAGGCGGUUUUGGCUCAGUCUUCAAGGGAUGGGUUGACGAGCAUUCGCUUACAGCUACCAAGCCUGGCACCGGCAUGGUGAUCGCUGUGAAGAGACUUAACCAAGAUGGAUAUCAGGGUCACAAGGAAUGGCUAACAGAAAUUAACUAUCUUGGGCAAUUCCAUCAUCCUAAUCUUGUGAAGUUGUUUGGUUACUGUUUAGAGGACGAGCAUCGGCUUCUGGUAUAUGAGUUCAUGCCUCGCGGUAGUAUGGAGAAUCAUUUAUUCAGGAGGGGAUCACACUUCCAGCCUUUUUCUUGGAGCCUCAGAAUGAAAAUUGCCCUUGGUGCUGCAAAGGGGCUUGCCUUUCUUCACAGUGCUGAACCGAAAGUUAUAUAUCGUGACUUCAAGGCUUCUAAUAUCCUGCUUGAUUCGAACUACAAUGCAAAACUCUCUGAUUUUGGUUUGGCCAGAGAUGGACCGAUUGGUGAUAAGAGCCAUGUGUCUACUCGGGUCAUGGGAACAUACGGAUAUGCCGCUCCAGAGUAUUUAGCCACAGGUCAUUUGACUGCCAAGAGUGACAUAUACAGCUUUGGAGUUGUUCUUCUGGAAAUGUUAUCUGGGCGACGAGCUAUUGACAAAAAUCGGCCAUCUGGAGAACACAACCUUGUGGAGUGGGCAAGACCUUACCUGAUCAACAAACGAAGAAUAUUUCGUGUCAUGGAUCCCCGCCUUGAAGGUCAGUACUCACUGCCUCAAGCGCAGAAGGCAGCUACUCUUUCGCUUCAAUGCCUAGCUGCGGAAGCCAAGUACAGACCAGACAUGGAUGAGGUGGUAAAAGUGUUGGAACAACUUCAGGAAUCAGGAAACAUAUCAAAAAGUUCUCAAAAAGAGCACCAUGGACGAGGUCACAUUCAUUCGAAUGGUCGAAAAACUGCUUAUCCCAGGCCUUCUGCUUCCCCGCUUCGUGCGUAGGGAAGAUGAAAAUGAUCUGCUGCAGCUAUUUUUUCAUUAUUUAAAUGCAUCUUGGGUCUUGGCAGUAUUAUAACCGAGUUUGAGAAUUGUACAGUUCUUGUUUAGCGUUUAGACAUGUGAAACGUUUUUGGUUCACGCCCAGGUUGCUGCAAGAUUGCAAUCUGAGUUCUCUAAAUAUUUAGUUGUACUAGGAAAAAGUGUUUGAAAUAUGUAGGAGAUUCUGUUACAUGUAACUGGGCUUAUUUGAGUUGUCUAAAUAUUACCUAGUUCUUGGGUUGAUGUAACCUUGAUUUUGUACUUAAUGGAGAGAUUGAAUCUAUUGAUCUCCCUUUCUUCA